AUGGCGCCCCUUUGCGGCUACGAUUGGCCCAUGGUCGCCCCCCUCAAGCGCCAGCCUCUUCUUCCCUUCUUUCUCACCCCUUCUGACAUCGCCUUCCAUUCCUUUUCCUAUUUCUGCUCUCGUGCCAUUAUCACCGAUAAACUCCCCUCCGUCGGCGAUAUCAACAUUGCAAAGAUGGGGUUAUCAACCCGUUUCCUCCGCAUCCCGCGGCCAGAGACAUUCCUCUAUGUGAUGAGCCUGCGCACCGGCGCUGCUCUGAUCACUCUAUCGCUACUUCUCAACAAAAUCAGCGGCCUCUAUGGUCUUCUGGCCCUGCUGACCGGCUACCACCUCUCUCCUGUUCAACUGUCCAUGUACAUCUACUCCCUAAUCGCCCUCGGACUUGCGACGAUACUUUUCCCUCACAUCCGGAAACAAUCCCCCUUACAAUGCCUCGCCCUCGCCUGGCUCUAUGUGUUCGACAGCCUCAUCAACGCUGCCUACACUGCAGCUUUCGGCGUGACGUGGUUCCUGGUCGUUUCCCAGCACUACGAGAACGGCACCGUGUCGGGACCCGGUAGCGAGACGAUCGCUCAAACUGCCGGCUUCACCAGCCCCAAGUACGACGAUUCAUACACCGACUCCACCGAUGCCAGCCACUACGCCAGGAGCUCCGAAGGUUUGAGCAACGCCGUGACUCAACCAGAAAGCUUCCAGAGUAUCGUCUUCAUCUGCACGCUUUGGGUCGUCCGUGCCUACUUCGUGUUCGUGAUGCUCGCCUUCGCCCGUCAGGCUCUGCGCAUCUACAUCGCCGUGCCUCGCCACACGCAACUGCCCACCCACAGCCGCAACACGUCUAACGCAAGUGUGGCUAGCGUAGCUGACAUCGACCGGGAACCGUUCUCGCCGUUCAGCCCCGAGGGUCAGGGCUGGCAGGGCAAGCUUGGUCGUGCCAUGAUUAGCGUGGGCCGGAACUACUGGUUGGGUGAAGAUGAGGAGGGAACUAGCUGGGUGAACAACAUCGGGCGUCGGUUCCGCACCCGCCUCGAGAACACCGAGCUCCCCGGACCUCUGGAGCGCGAGAGAAGACGUCGCUCUGGUACCGGUCCCCCGCAGCCCUCCCAAUCCGCCGUUCAGGCCGCCGCCUUGCAGCAACCGAUCUACGAACAAGCCGCGCCUGGAAUGAACGUCAAGAUGCAAGACUGGACCGAAACCCGGUGAUCAAGGCCGCUCGGAUCCACCUAGUAUAGGCCCCCUACUCAUGCUCUGGCUGAAUUUUGGGCCCUGCAUGACAGGGCCCUCCAGUCCACCUUGUUGCCACGAACAUGAGGGUCGCCAUGCACUGGCUUGUAACUUGUAAGAAGUGAAUGGUCACAUGCUUCUUUUCAACCGGCCCCGUCCGGGAGAAAAGGGAGAGGCGUCACGGCCCAUUGCCUCUCCAUUGCGUGAUACACACAGCCGUUAUUAUUUCCCUUCGUUCCUGUUAUUAUAUAUGGCGAGAUGAUCUACAUACCCUGGUUACGAAUCAGACCGUUGGAAAGGAGGGGCUGAAUUGGCGGCGUUUUCUUGUUUGACACCCUUCCCUUCCGUUGCUUAUUGCAUAGUAGACUGUUCGUGGCUCGCCGUUUGCAUACGGGGGAAGAAGUACACCUAGGUGCCUGCACCACCAUGCUUGGGAUCAUAAUAGGUGCCCCUCCCCAAGCCUUAAGUCUAGCAUUGGAGCAUGUACAUUGGUAGUGAUUGAUAUGGGAUGGUUGUUUUGAUACGGCGUCAUUAGGGAUCCAUCUUAAUCUGCACCUAAUUUGCUUUUGCACCAUUGUUUUGGUGAACACCAGUUUCAUUACUUCCCCUGCCGAGACCGCUGUCGUUCUCGCCCGAGUCAGGCUACGGGAGCACGUGGUUCCGGAGGGAAGACAAAAGCCGGAGAGACCCAAUCACGAAAGCGGCAAUCAAACCGGGCAAACGCAGCAAACCGAGCAAAAGCCGAGCGCUGACGUGCUCGACUGCCAGUCACGGGAUGAGCACGCCUUACCGAAAGAGGCAUGUUUGCACACCCUGCCCGCCUAGGUUUGCAU